AUGUCGGCGAUCAACUUCUUCCGUUCACGGAAUCGCGGUGCAUCCAGUCCUUCGGUAUCGGAGCUGGUGAAAUAUUACGAACUGUUGUCCGACACCUCAUCACUAUUGAGUGGCACUACUGCGAGAGACGGCGGAGCAGCAGGAGCGGGACAAGGAAGAUGGGGCUCAAGACCACUUGAGCAGAGGGACGACCAGGAGGAGUGCGGUCGUCCGGCACACGGCUGCGGCACACGGCAGCUAACGCCGUCAGGAAAUCGCGGGAGUGGCGAUCAUAAUUCCGGGAGCGGAGAACAGGCGCCGUUAGUGGCGAGAUUUUACGACCUACGAGGGUCGGGGGAUGGAGUACGCGUCGCCGGAAAUAACGCGUCAUGCGUAUCACCACUGUCGUGGCCACGGCCUCCUCGAGUACGGCGACGUGACCGCUUCCGCCGCGAGAACGACCGAGUCGGCCGCGACAAUGUUGCUCGGGUCACCGUCUACGUCGCCGUCCAUCCAGGAAGUGAUCAGAAGCCGAGGACAGGUGAAGCGGCCUUCGAUGUCAGCAACAGUGGCACCGUCCGGAAUCACCUGCAAGUCGAUAUCGAGUGGGAUGAUAACCAGUAG